AUGAAACCGCAGCCAAUUCAAGCCAAGGCCAUGCCUCAGCCCAUAUUGAAGAAGUCAAGUGCCUCUCAAGGCGAAUCGAACAAGACCACGCGGCUGCUUCUCGAACAGCCCGACGGUGGUAGCAUCACUCGCAAUCCAUCCCACUCCAGCUUGAAUGAGGAUGAUUCAGAGCCAAAGGAGAAUACGUCAGGUCGACAAGCUCCGAAAAAACCUCAGUUCACGUCGGGGAUCCGAACGGGGCGCCGUCGCCCUCUCUUUAGCCGUCGCAAAUCAUCGCAAAUUUCUGUGACGAAAGCAACAGCCAGUUCAUCCAGUGAGCAGCAGCCACAGCCACAGCCGCAGCCGCAGCCGCAGCCGCAAAAAGCCCAGUCUCAUCGACACCAGCAACUCGACCCUCUAGAAUCCAUGAGCUCCUUUGAGCUGGUAUUCGACCCCGAUUACGUCCCACCCAUCGAAGACUCACCUCCAGCGACGACCCCAACUCAUACUCAAGAAGACAUUGAACUCGUCAAGAUCAAAGAAGCUCUCGCCGAUAUCGGCAGCAUCGAGAUCCCUCGACUCUCCUCGAGCAAGACGGCAACGGCCGCGACAACCGCAGCAACAACCCCGAACGUAUCCGACGCUGACACCCUUCUCUCCCAAGGACUAGAGACAGUUAGUCAUGACCCCCAGGAUCCCCAUCCCCAGACAGGAGACCAUGAAAAGCAGUACGCUGAAACCCAGGACCCUAGCCUAUCCUCUAAUGGAAUCGCCCAACUAUUCGACUCCUACCCGGUGCCCGGAUUCCCGGGCCUUCUACGAGUCCCAAUGCCUGAGAAGAUGGAAAGCAUAUUACUCGGCAUUCUCAACGAUAAAAGCCCCCUCACUGACCCGAUCCCCCUCCCAACCCGACCAUGGUGGAUGUGCGAGAAUUCAUGGAGCCCAGUCCCUCGCAAAGAGUUUCUAAAAGAAUGGAUGUUGGUAAGCGAAGAAUGGGACAAACAACCAUCCAGUACGCCCCUCACCCAGGCCGGAUUUCGAACCAGGUUUGUUGAAGCCGUUGCCGCAGCCAGAGCCGAAGAAGAGGCGGCAAUUGCUUUCUUGAAUGAGGUCCGGGUGUGUACUCCCAAGGGCCCGGCCAGCCGAACUGAUAAUGAUAGCGAGCCUUCCACCGGAUAUUUCUCUGGUAUUUCUCAUAUGGUGGGAAAUGAGUCUCAAAAAAGCCGUUCGGCGCGAGUGGAGGAUCUGGAAUGGGAGCGCAAGGAGGAACAGCCUGAUCACCAGGAGAAACAACGGGUUGUCUGGCAUGAAACCGGAAGCGACUGCAUCUUCGAGAAAUCCCCCCCUUGCCAUCGCUCUGGAGCAAUCGGCUCAUACCCUUGA